UCUAUCCAUUUAGAUAAAGGCUAUGUGGUAGAUACAAUAAUGUCAUUUCCAUAUACAUAGUCGGCAGCUGCACCAAUUUGCAAGAAAGAAAACCCCAAAUUUUCUCUUGCUCUGCCUCUGAAUUUGCUCACUGCAAAUUCUGCAAAUCAUGAAUCUGUAAUGGCCUACUACAGCUCCACCUAUUAUGAAGCUAAUUUUGUACGAUUCAGCUCCAUGUUAUGUUGCUUAUGAACCCGAAAUCGGUCAUUCGAAUGUUGCGUACUCUUCGUACACUUUCAGUGAGCCUAACUAUGUUGAGUAUGCUCUAAACCCUUACGGUGACGAUUAUGGUACGAUAAAGACUCGGUUUAUCGUAUCAUAUUCCGUCUCUGAGUUCAACGAGCCUGCAUUUGAUGAGUACGAUCCGACGCCUUACGGCGGUGGAUAUGAUCCUGUUGCAACAUAUGGCAAACCUCUGCCCCCUUCCGAGAAAAUAUGUUAUCCGCGUUCAUCAUCACAGGAUCCGAAUGAUCAAGCCUUGAACAAUUUUUCCCAUCCGUCGAUCGAGUCACCGAAUGCGAAAGGAGUCUAUAAACCUGUAGAAAAACCUAGCAACGGAAGCAAAGCAGCAGCAACAACGGUCGAAGAUCAAGAGCAGCAAACACAGGGCGGUAUGGAAGAUGUUAAUCUGGAUUCUAGCGGCAAGCCUAUCGAGUCGAACCGAGUUGAAGAAAGUAAGGAAGAUUAUCCCGACGUUCACUCUAAUGGUAGUGAAUAUGAGAAGAGGGUGUCUCAAAUUCCUCCAGGGUAUGGCUUAGAAGCAAUGGACCUUUGUGAAACUUUGUUUGGUCACUGGCCCUGCUUGGAUCGAGCAAAGAGAGAGAACGAUUAUUAUCGAAACCGUUACGGUCCUCAUGGUGUUUGCGGUAAAUGGAGCGAUGAAAACUGUCUGUGGGAGGAGACCGCCGAUUAUCUUUUCGGUAAUUCGUAUCCUUACGGAGAACAAUGGAGCUACGGAGGUGUUUACGAGAAUCCGAUCUUCAAUUACGAAAGGCAUUACGAGGGACAACUUGUGUCAAGGCAGAUGGAGUAUCAAGAGGAAUAUUCAUGGUUGAAUUAGUUCUUUCUUUUAGCACAAAGAUGGUACAAGUAAAUAAAGCUGUAAGGGAAGUUAUAGCUGUAUGAACAAUUUUAUCUGCAAAUAAGUUGUUUUCCUUUGUGGUUCUCA